AUGGAAGCAGUCAUAACAAUAGGCCGUCGCAAACGGAUAGUGUUGCUCUAUCUACUGUUUUUAUGGCAUAUAACCGAGGCGCAAAUUCGCUACACCAUUCCAGAGGAAUUAAAAGAGGGCUCAGUUGUUGGAAAUAUCGCCAAAGACCUUGGUGUCGGAGUCUCUGAAAUAUCACAUCGUAAAUUGCGGAUUGCCUCGGAGUCUGGUAAGGAGUAUUUCAGUGUGGAUUUGGGAAAAGGCGAGUUACUUGUAAACGAAAGAAUAGACAGAGAGGUUUUGUGCGCACAAAGCGUUAGUUGCAUUCUUCCAUUAGAGGCAAUUAUAGAAAACCCGUUGCAGCUGUAUCGUGUCGAAAUUCAAGUACUGGACAUAAAUGACAAUGCUCCAAAUUUCCAGAACCAUAAAAAUAUUUUGAAUGUAGCUGAAUCCACCGCGCUUGGCGCAAGGUUUCGUUUGGAAUCUGCACAGGACUCUGAUGUCGGCUCAAAUUCCUUGCGCACGUAUACACUAAGCAAAAAUGACAAUUUUAUUCUUGAUAUAAAAACUGGAAAGGACGGAAGUAGAGUUCCAGAACUUGUAUUAGAGAAGUCUUUAGAUAGAGAAAAACAGUCACAACACCAUCUCGUUCUGACUGCAAUCGAUGGUGGAAAUCCUGCAAGAUCAGGGACAGCAGAGAUCGAUGUCAACGUGCUUGACAAUAAUGACAAUGCACCGGUUUGUGAAAAGGCGUCCUAUGACAUACAACUAGAAGAAAACACAACGAGAGGACUGGUGGUUGUUACUAUUAGGGCUGUAGACCCAGAUGAAGGCGCUAACAGCGAAGUACGGUAUUCCUUUGGACCUCACACGCCAGAAAUACUACAAAGUCUAUUUUCUAUCGACGCAACCACAGGCGAAAUAAAAGUAACUGAUGAAAUAGAUUAUGAAGCAGGUACCUCAUUUGAGUUUGAUAUUGUUGCUACUGAUACAGGUGCACCUCCAAUGCAAGGAAUAUGUAGUGUCCACAUAGACAUUUUAGAUAUAAACGACAAUAAACCAGAAAUUAUAUUAAAAUCUUUAUCCAGUCCAGUGCGCGAAGACGCUCCUGUUGGAACUGUCGUGGCAUUAAUAAGUGCCAAAGAUAUAGACACCGGAGAUAACGGAAAAGUUCAUCUGACUCUGCAAUCAGAUUUACCUUUUGCGUUAAAACCGUCUAUUUCUAAUCAUUAUGCUCUGGUCACAGACAAAGCAUUGGAUCGAGAGCAACACGCUGUGUAUACGAUACAGAUAGUGGCAGUUGAUUCUGGGUCGCCACGUCUAACGUCUGAAAAAGAAAUUACUGUUGAUAUUUUAGAUGUCAAUGACAACCCCCCUCGCUUCGCUCAACAGUUAUAUACAGUUUAUGUGAAAGAAAACCGUGUGCCUGGAUCCAUACUCUGUUCAGUAUCCGCCUCUGAUCCAGACACGGGAGACAAUGCAAAAAUCUCCUAUUCGAUUUUAGAAUCCAGACACCAAGGCGUAUCUAUAUCUUCCUAUAUUUACAUAAACUCUGAUAAUGGAAGCGUUUUCAGCAUGCAUUCAUUUGACUACGAAAAAAUGAAGACUUUUCGGUUCCAUGUGGAAGCAAAAGACCAUGGUUCUUCAUCACUUAGCAGCAACGCAACUGUUCAUGUUUUUAUUCUGGAUCAGAACGACAAUGCCCCUGCUGUCAUUUAUCCCUCUGCAGUCAUGGGCUCUGUUUCUCAUCAGAGGAUGCCCAGGUCUGCUAAAGCAGGACACCUCGUUACUAAGGUAACGGCAGUGGACGCUGACUCGGGUCACAACGCUUGGAUGUUCUAUAGACUUGUGGAGGCUACGGACAUGUCUCUGUUCAGUAUAAAUUUGCACACCGGAGAGGUGAGGACUAAACGAGCUGUUUAUGAGCACGAUGACUCUUCUCAGAGACUAGUCGUAGAGAUAAAAGACAAUGGAGAGACAGCUCAGUCAAGUACAGUGACUGUGGAUAUCCUUUUGGAAGACGGAAUUCAAGAGCCCGUUUCGGACAUUCGACAGAAAAAUUCAGAUAUCACAAAAGGCAGUAAAAUCACAUUCUAUCUGAUCAUCUCCCUGGCCUCCGUAUCUGUGUUAUCUGUGUUGACAUUUGUCAUUUUAUUAGUUAAAUGUGCUAGAAAUAGCAGGGGACGUACAAGUUGUUGUGUAAGACGAUCUGAUUCCGAUGAUUACAAAAAUCCCAACAGAAAUCUUCAGAUCCAGCUCAACACUGACGGGCCUAUAAAAUAUGUGGAGGUCUUAGGAGGUGACAUGUUGUCUCAAAGUCAGUCCUUCGGUUCCUGUCUCUCUCCAUUGUCAGAAUUCAGUGACUUCACUCUCGUUAAACCCAGCAGCACCAUUGAUUUUAAGGAGCUAAACGUCCUUGAUGCUUCUUUACCAGACAGCGCAUGGACGUUCGAAAGUCAGCAGGUGAGCGCUCAGUAA